GUUAUUAAAAACCAGCCAGGGUUUCGAUGCGGCGUACACUGACCCUCCCAUGAUCCAAGGUAAAAGGAGGCACCGAGGCACACACUUGCAGGCAGCGCGUUAGAGCAAUUUUUCAACGUGAAGGAGACCACUUUUUACUACAAGAACGUCUCUGAUAAUGAUUGCCUGAGGCAUCUGCAAAUGCUUUUUUUAUAUGUGGAUGAACCAUUAUGUCAGAUCACAUAAAAAGCUUUUGCUUCUCGCCUGGCGGCCGCCAUUGUCCUUUGAGAACGUGGGUGCUUAUUAUCCACCACGAAUUUAAGGGUUACGAUGAUCACAGAUUUGGAAAUGAAGCGGACAUUAAUAAUUUAAGGGACACUUUUGGAAGAAGAAACUGUGUCGUACGAGAUCUUGCGUCUCGACGAAAAGACAAAAUUCUCUCAGUAUUGAGGGAGCAGGACAAAUUAUUUUCUCUCUUUGACGAAAAUGAUAGCCGACCUCCAGAGGUUUUUGUCAUAUUCAUUCUAUCGCACGGUACGAGUGCUGGAAUUAUAGAGACUGAUCACUUAGUAGAAGGCAAUGAAAAAGGUCAGGUAUUUGAAACGUACCAUCAGGAAGACGUUUGGAAUGGGUUGAAAGGAAUGAAGAUUCUCCAAAAAUGCACAAAACUUAUCUUCUUUGGGCCUUGUCGAGGAAUUAACCAGGAAUUGAGUCUGCCUCUGCAUGAGCAGUGUAAAAAUCUUUCUUAUCAACAAGAGCAAAUUCUUCCGAAAUGGAUUGCAACGCCGCCAAACCAGGAAAAUAUGAUUGUUUUUUAUGCCACAGUUGAAUCGACUAAAGCCCAAAGAAAUUCCAACGGAACGUGGAUAGUGAUAGAAUUGUGCCGAGAGCUGAAUACAAUGACCGAUGACGUCAGUUUGCCAAUAUUUCUCACGCGAGUACAGAAACGUAUUUGCGAACGGACUACUAUAGAAUCAAUUUAUGGUCAAACACCACAAUUGCAGAUCUUUAACCACACAGAACUGCGAGUCGACAGUCAUCCCUUGAAUGAGAGUAAGGACGGCAGGAGUGGAGACUUGGAAAAAACUGUCAAGUACGAGCGGAAGGACUUUUAUCAAUGGAGAUCAAAUUCAUCUUUGCUUUACCGGAGGGGUCGUGCGCUCAUUUUCCACGACGUCAAUCAUACGAAUUGGUCACGUGAAGCGGAAAAAAGCUUCCAAUUUUUAGACUUUGAAACAACAUCGUACAGUUUUAAGCAAUUAAAAAUUAUCCUGACAAAUGUCUCCAGAGCAAACGAUUGUGGGCUUCAAGAAGAGGGCUGUUUUCUUGUGUGCAUCAUGGCUAAGUUAAUUGACAGCAAAAGCGACGGACUAGCGGUAAUUUGUGAUGGCGAUAAACUGCCUUUAGACAGCCUGAUUCAAAUGUUCACCGGACAUAACUGUCCUGAAUUGAUCGGAAAGCCUAAAUUAUUUUUCUUUUUGAGUAAUGGAGGUCAAGAGGAUGAUCGGUUGAUUGGAGAGGUUCCAAAAGACUGGGUGAUUAGAGGAAACAACCAUGGAGAAAUUUUCACAUUCCUUGGGAUCGGGGGGCCAGAAAAUCAGCACGACCUUAUCAAGAGUCUGCUGGCUGAGUUGCAAAAUCCAAAAUUGAAAAAAGGUCUCAGCCUGCAAGAAGCUGUUAUUAGUGUUGUACAAAAAUGCACACCAAGGAGAGAAGAAUGCAUAUUGCAAAUUUUGCCGCAAAUUUCAAGCACACUUCAUUAUUUGCUAGAUUUUACACCUUGCAAGAAUACGUACAUUAAACCAACAUUCAAAAUUGAAGGGUACACAGAGACCAAAACUUUUGAUGACUUGGUUCAAGAUAUUUCACAAACAGUCAAAUCUCCUGAAGAAAAAUGGAAGAACCGUACAUGGCUAGUAAGUGCAUCUGCCGGUAUGGGAAAAUCAGCGGCAACCAAAGAAAUGUGUAAAAAUCUCACCGACUUGCUCCCAGACCACCUAGUGGUAAACAUCGCUCUAACGAAAAUGUGCAAGUACUUUUUGAGAGUAAAAAAGAAUGCAUCAGACCAAGGAAAUACCUGUGAUUUUCUAAGUGAAGCGCUCGUAAAAAGGGAUUAUGAGGUUGAUAGCCUUUCCGAGAAGAUUGCACAGAAGAAAAUUGUUUUGUUCAUGGAUGGCUAUGACGCAGUUUGGGCGUAUGAAGAAAUAGUCCUAAAAAUUAUAAUGGAAAUGAACGCUCUCGAUAUUUGCCAGUGGAUUACAACUAGACCUCAUCAGCAAUCAAAAAUAAUUGCAAACCUAAGCAAAAUUAAUUUUCUAGAAAUAAAUCCGAUGACCAAAGUGCAGCAAAUUCAGCUUCUUAAAACUGUACUCUAUAAAAAUGCAAAAGAGUGCGAGGGACUCCUAAAAAUUUUUGAAAGUAAUAAAGAAAACAAUUCGACCUUCAUGGGAACACCUCUUCAAUUGAAAAUGCUUGCAGAAAUUGCAGACAAAGUGGUGGACACCGAAGGCAGCGCAACGUCCCUUUACUACCAGUUUGUUUUCUCGAAAGUGGACUCUGCAAUCUUAAAACACAAUGGUACAGAUGCAACUAAGCCUGGCUAUAUGAACACAGUCAGAGAUAGCAUAGAAUUGCUGAUGAUGGCAGCAGCAAAUUAUUUUUACGGUGAAAAUCUGCCAUCCCAACAUUUAAAAUUGUCUCCCAGAAAACAAAAUGAAAUCAACAAGCUUGGAAUCGCAUCAAUUGAAUUUGAAGGAAAAAAAUUACAGUCAAUUUACUUUGUGCACCAAACGUAUGCAGAGUAUCUGCUCAGUUUAUUUUUCCUCUCAAAAGCUGGACACUUUACCGAGCAGCACGAAUCCUACCUGGAUAAAAUUGAGGAAAAUGAAAUAAACUUGAGUGAUAUUUUACUGAGAAGCGAAUUUGAGCAGGUGAGAUCUUUCAUCGACGGUUUUUUCAUAGGCGCUGACUUCGAAUCAAAAUUUCGGAAGACGAAACUUGAUGACUGCUGCGAAAAAGCAGAUUUUCAGAAUAAAUCUCAUGCAUUGAUGGCCUAUGUUUGCAAAGAAGGCUUGGCAAGACUCUUCAAUAUACUUUUUGAGUCCGAGUAUAAAAAUAAUUUUGGUGAUAUCACUGCACUGAUUAACACGCCAUUCACUUUCAACUUUCGAAAAAAAGAAUACAAGUACUAUCCUCUGUACGCAGCCUGCUAUUCAAACGAAGAAUUGGCUCUACACUUGAUCGAUUUAGGAGCCAAAAUUGAGCUCCUGGACCCAAAAAAAUGCCUCGUUGAAGGAAACGAAACUAUCAUGCAUUUGGCAGCAAAGAGAGGAUUAAGUAGGAUAAUGAAAAAAUUAUUAGAAUUUUAUCCUCAAAUGAAAAAUGUUGAAAAAAGCGAUGGUAAAACUCCUAUCGACGUUGCAGCUGAGAGAGGCUUCAUGCAAUGCGUCAAUAUUUUAUUAGACGCUACAGAGCCAGAGAAAAGAAUUUUAAUGAGAAAAAGGGCCAUGAAUUUAGCUGCAAUACAAGGCCACACGGAUGUUGUCUUCAAUUUGAUGGGCGAUGAUUUGAAGACGGAUUUGUACGACAAAUCACCACUCUUCCAUGCAGCAUGCUACGGGCACAUACUGCUAAUAAGAGCAUUAAUUUACAGUGGCAUAGACGUGAACAUCGAAGACCCGAGAGGAUCAACACCAGUCCAUGCUACAUGCGUGUUUGGAAGGUAUGAAGCGCUCAAGGUUCUUCACGAAUACGGUGCAAUUUUGAAUAAAAAAACAAAGAAUACAUUGGCAGAACCAAUACACAUUGCCUGUAGCCGUUCUCAAAGCGGGAGAAAGGAUAUAUUGGAUUUUCUCUUUAAAAACGGUGUCGACGUUGACGCAAAAGACCAUGCUGAUGAAACUCCAUAUCACAAAGCUGCUGCAGUGGGGCUUAUAGACGUCCUGAAGAACCUGGAGGAAGCAGGCGCGAAUGUUUAUGCCACGAGCAAACAACAGGAAUGUGUAGAUAAUGACGGAAAAAAAUUUAUAUUAGGUAAAUUGACCGCUCUGGAUAGGGCCGCAAUUAGUCCAGAUCCCAGCGCAGUAUGCACGAGACAUCUACUGCAGCACAAUUACCCAUUGGAGUUAAAAAAACAUGCUUUGUGGCUUGCAAUCGUGGCACCAAUAGCAACAUAUAAUAAUUUGGAACACAAAUUAGGUGCAUUUUUAGAUAAUGGAAUUCAAAUCAACGAGGAAUUGGUCGAUGGCAAAAAUGCACUUAUCUUGCUAGCAGAAAAGUCGGGAGAAUUCAAUAAAAGGUUGCCAGGGUGCAACUUAAGAACGAUUGAUGACGAAGAAAUUGAGAAAGAGGCACCGUUCCAUCCGCGGCCCUCAGAUAUGACCAUUCGAGAAACAUUCCUGGAACCAAACUGGUUUUCUUUGUGCAUUAAAGUUUUGAUCAACCGAGGUGCGGACAUAAAUCUGCAGAGCAAAUAUUUUGGUGGGGCUUUACACAUCGCUGCCAAGAGCGGAGACAUUGAACUGAUUCGCUUAUUGCUUAAGAACAAGGCUUUUGUUAAUUUGAGGAACGACGAGAAGCAAACACCUUUGCACACAGCAGCCAAAUAUGGACGCCUGCGAGUUGUUGAAAGUAUCCUCUUGAAACCAGGCAUCGAGAUAAACGCUCUGGAUGAAAAUAACUACACUCCCUUGGCGCUUGCAAUUUCAAAGCGUCAAAAAGCAGUGGCAAAAUAUCUCUUAUCGAAUGGAGCAGAUGCGGGGCUUCCAAGAAAACCUGCUGAGAGCAGGCCUAUAGCCGUAGCAGCAAGCACUGACCAAAAGGAUUUUGUCCAAUUGAUUUUAGACACAGUUCCAAUGGAAAGAAAACAAAUGCACUUGGAUACUGCGCUAAGAGGAGCAAUAUUUGAUGACAAUGUAAAAAUGGUGAAAUAUCUGAUUCAAAAAGGGGCAGAUCCAACGUCAGGUAACAUUGUUUGCUUCCCUCUGUUGUAUGCAAUUAAAAAGUUAUCGUACAACUCUGCCAGGACUAUAAUUGGUCAGUUCGACAAUGAGUACAAGGACCGUGAGACUGCUUCUGCAUUAAUACAAUCAGUGUCACAAAAUGAUUUGUCCGGCGUCGAACUCCUUCUUGAGGAAGGCGUUAAUGUAAAUAAGGCUAACUCAAAAGGUUUAAGUGCGAUGUUGAUUGCUACUAUCUACGGAUUUGAAGAUAUAGUGGAUUAUCUUUUGAAAUUUGAUGAAUUAGACCUAAUCACGCCCUCUAAAGAUGGAAAUGUUCCUCUGCUUUUCAUAGGAAAUAUUAAAUGUUUGACGAUUAAAGAAAAAUUGCAUUCAAGAAUCUUGCAACAAUUAGAAGAAAAAAGCAAAAAAUCAUAGUCGUAUACAUCACAAAUUUACAGUAACUAUAUCCAAUGUUUCAACUUUCAACUCUGUAUUGAAAAGAAAGCCCUCCAGAUCUGCUCCAGAUGAUAUUCUCAUGUCUGUGUGAAAUACUUAAUGUAGUUUAUGAAUAAGAAAUAAAAUUUUUACAGUUUAAAAUAAAUGAUAAUUGGAAUUUGAAGUCCCUCGGCUUGUUUUGCAUUCACUAAUUAUAUAAGCCGAAAAACAACAAAACAAACCUAGUUGAAUUAGGUGAAAAAUAUUGAUGAUAAAUAUUCUACAUUCUAAGAAUAAUUGAAAAAAAGGUUUUAAUUUCUUCUUGGCAGCAAGAUAAAAAGUACACACAUUUUACUUCAAAAAGAGCAACAGAGAUUUUAUUUGAAUUACUCCAUUUUAUUUUUGUGGUAGAAUUUCACUCCUUUUUACUUUUACAAUCAUCUUACUUGGAUUAUUACUUCUGUGGAUAAAUGCGUUCAGGCUGCGAUGAAUUGUUGUACAAAAGUGUGAUGCUGCAUUAAUUUGUGAGACAGUCAGUCAUGCUACACGAUUUUUGCUUAAUAGUGAGAUUCAAAUAUAUUGCCUACAUUUUUGUGUUUACUGCGGACAUCGAUUCAACAACGGGUGUACUUUUCGUGAUAUGGCUUUCAUUUUUUCCACAAGAAAUUGUACAAAUUGUUUAUUAAUUCAGGACCAGAGCAUCAGUUUUGCAUUUGCUUCUUACACGAAAUACCAACGUACGCUGUAUAGUGAUUACUGUCAGUACGUUACGUACACAAAUACACGAGAAUAUAUAUUUACAAAUCACAUUCAAUACACAAUGUGUUCCCAUUCACUUGUAAAAACUAAAUAAAAUAGCAGCGUCGAUAGAGUAAAAGAGAAAAAAAAAUGAUUAA